AUGAAGUCCGCUGUCGUCCUCACCACCCUCCUGGCCUUCGUCGCCGCCAACCCCGUUGCCAUUGCCAACGUUGACAACACCAACGCCAUCGCCAAGCGCAAUGUCGAGCUCGAGGCUCGCCAGCUUGGUGGCAUCGACCUUGCCACCCUUCCCGGCUUGGGCGCCCUGGCGGGUCUGGGUCUUCCUGGUCUCUCUAACCUCCCCAUCAGCCCGAGCAACGUUGUUGCCAUCCUCACCGGCCUCUUGGCCAGUGUCCUCAGCGUUGUUGGCAACAUCCGCCAGGGUGUUCCCGGUGCCGGUGCGAUUCCCGGCCUUCCUGCCAUCCCCACCAUCCCCGGUGUCUCCGUUCCCGCCGUCCCCACCGGUGCUAUCAGCGCCGAGCAGCUCACCGCUUUGAUCGGUGCCCUUCAGGCCCAGGUCGCCAACGCCACGGCCAUUGGCUCCGGCCUCCCCGCCGGCCUCAGCUUGGCCCAGCUCCAGCAGAUCCAGGCCAUCAUUGCCACCAUCCAGGCCCAGAUUGCCCCUCUCGUCUCUGGCACCGGUCUUCCUUCCCUUCCUGGCGUUCCCACUGGCGGCCUCCCCGACCUCGGCGGUCUUACCUCCGGCCUCGGCGGUCUUUCCGGCGUCCUCGGCCUUAUCACCGGCCUUCUCGGACCCCUCCUCGGUGGUCUUCUCGGUGGCCUCGGCGGCGGCCUCCUCGGUGGUGGUCGUGCUUAA